AGGAACUCCUUUAUAAGCCGUCAGGCACUCCUCCUGCUGCACCAGGCAGGAAGGGAAAGGCAGGGACAGGCUUGCCCAAGUGCAGCUGUUGCACCCAGGAGAAAGCAGCCAGCAUUCAGAGCGCCUGACAGGAGAGUGGGUGCUGUGCACUCAACAAUGUGCCCAGGGUCUGCCACUCACACCCCGUUGCUUCCUGGCCUCCCCCCAGACACCCACCACCACAGCUUCUAGAGACAGGCAGAGCUCUGACUGUCCUGAGGAGGGGAAGAUGGAUGAGGAAACAACAGGCGACUCUGAGACCUUGCUGGAAAGGCCAGGGCCGGCUGAGCUGAGGAAACCGGUGCUCUUCAGAACUUACAGGCGGCGAUGGUUCCUGCUGGUGGUGAUCUGCCUGCUGAACUGCUCCAAUGCCAUGCUAUGGCUGACGUUUGCUCCAGUGGCUGACAAAACAGCAGCCUACUUCCACAUCUCCAUGGAUACGAUUAACUGGCUGUCCCUGGUGUACCUUCUCAUAUCUAUCCCGUUUGGACUGGUGGCCACCUGGAUUCUCGACACCGUGGGACUCAAGUGUGCUGUGAUACUUAGUGCCUGGCUGAACAUGGUUGGGAGCGUCAUCCGGACUUUCAGCGUCAUCAGCUUCCUGAGUUUGGGAUCCCUGACCUACACGUACCUGUUCAUAGGACAGUGCCUCUGUGCUCUGGCUCAGCCACUUGUCAUUUUUUCUCCCACAAAACUAGCAGCCCUGUGGUUCCCAGACCACCAGAGAGCUACAGCAAACAUGAUCUCUUCAAUGUCUAAUCCCUUGGGAAUUCUUAUCGCUAACUUGCUGUCCCCUACACUUGUGUCUGAAGAAAAAGAUAUACCACGGAUGCUUGGACUGUACGCCAUCCCUGCAGUUACAGCCUGCAUCCUAGCCACAGUUGGUGUUCACGACAAGGUCCCUCCAACUCCACCAUCAGCAAGCGCCACUCAUUCUACCUCGCAGCCGUUUUUCAAAGGCUUGAAAAUGCUUCUGAGAAAUAAACCGUACGUCAUCCUGAUGGUCUGUUUUGGAGCAGGGAUUGGGAUGUUCACCUGCUUUUCGGCUCUUCUGGAACAGAUCCUGUGUGUAAGGGGAUAUUCAAACUUCUUUGCAGGCCUGAAUGGUGCGUUGUUCACGGUGUUUGGGUUACUUGGCGCUUUCCUUCUGGGACUGUACGUCGACAAGACCAGAAAAUUUAUAGAAUCCACCAAGGUCUGUUUCUGCCUGACUGCGCUAGCCAGCAUCGCAUUUGCAGUCAUGUCUCAGUUCAGGAACCAGGCCUUUCCACUGGCUCUGAUCAGCUCGCUGUUUGGGUUCUUUGGAUUUUCUAUCUACCCUGUUGCUAUGGAGCUAGCGGUAGAAUGCUCCUACCCGGUGGGAGAGGGAACAUCCACAGGCCUCAUUUUUGUUUCAAGUCAGAUCCAAGGAGUGAUCUUAAUGCUGCUAUUGCAAGCCCUCACGGUGCAGAUUUCCUCAGCUCCAUUCUCCACCUGUGACAUUGAGGAAGGUGGAGCAUUAGACUGGACAGAACGGAUUCCUGGUGGAAUGUGCUUCAUUACCAUCCCUUGGGCUGACGCUGUGCUGGCCGACUGGGAGCCAGCAGCUAUUCCUCACACCCCACCUGUUGGUGCUUUGACAGCACUUUACGGGUGGGAGGGUGGAAUGAAAAGCCACCUCGGAUGCCAAUAACGCUGCUAAAUAAUCCAGUUUAAAAGGUUCCCUUCCACCCACCCUGGAGAAGCCUGACCCCUUUUUGGAGCUUAAUGUAACUGGCUUGCAGUGUGUGCAUGUCUCCAAACACCGCAUGUUUCACGGGAUCUCCAGCAGAAUGAUGCAGUUGCACAACUUGACAAGGCAGCAAGACCAGGCACUACAAAACCGGGCACUACAACACAGCCGUAACAUAGUAGAGUCGGGGGGACAGCAAUGGAGGCAGCACUGGGGAUACUGUGAGCAAUGCAAUGCAUGCCUAGAGUUCAGUCCUUGAGUGCAAAUGAAGGCAGCUAAAUACGUAGCGUGACUGCCAAAUGGCUGAGGAUCCCGUUCCCACUGACUUCCUUGAGAUUGGUUACCUUGAACUAGAAACGGUCAAUACAAUUGAUAGGGUCCUGUGCUCCAGCAAGUGCUGCUUCCCCAGGGGCCCAAAGGACCAACGUGCAAGGAACAGCGAUACUCUAAUUCUGUACAAGUAGCACUACCAACAGGUUGCCAGACUUUCUGAUUUGCCAAGACACCCUGGCUGAUCCUGAGAGCACUGGUCAGUGUGUCUUCAUUGGUCUGAUUCGGAAAGGAGUGUCAAGAGUUCUGAAAGCAAAUCGCAUGCUGGCUACUGCUUUAACACAGCCCACCCCUGAAUUCCCAGCCAUUGUGAACAUCUCCAGGAUCCAUCAGUGAUCAGCUAUAGCAAUGGCCUGAAAAUUCUGUAAUGCAGUGGUUUUCAACCCCCCCUUCCAAAUAAUACAGUCUACGCGUACCCCUAUCUAAGAUAGAGUCAUAAUAUACCUAUGAAAAUAGCGGGGGGGAGAAGGUCUGUAAGGGAUAAGUCCACCAUUACAAGAUUUUUCUUGCAUACUCCCUGACAAAAGCUUGUGUACUCCCAAGUUUGAAAACCACUUCAUUAAGUUAAUGAAACUACCUGUCAGUCGAGUGAGGCCAAAAUAUCCUGCUACUUCCCGUCAAAAGGGUGGAAGCUGAAUUCAUGGACCAAAGUAUAGAAGAAACUGCGGCUGCUGAUGUCAGGGAGGGAAAAUUGGUCCAGUGAAAAGGAUCAAUUAUUAAACAUUUAAUCCGUUUAAAAGUUGCAUCUGGUCUGACUCUAGGGAUAGCAUCCACCUCCACAUUCUCCCGAGUAGAAGCACGGUGGAGAUUUUCUGAAACCUCAUUUACAUGUGAGCAGGCGAGAACAGGCAAAUAUUACAAUUGAUCCUUUCUAUGGCAGAGGGGAAUUAAAUAAUUAACCUGAGGGUGAAAGUCAGACACUUGACUAGCUGGCAGAAAGGAGGACUGUUUCUGAUAGAUACAACGCAACUUUCCCUUGCAAUUCAAUGAGUACAAAACACUCAACUUAGCAUUGAAAUGACACUGCAGUUCUGACGAGUCCCUGGCAGUGUCCAGCAUUAAUUAAGUGUAACAGAACAUGGUGCAUUGUGUUCAAAGAAUUUUCACACCACCACUGAAAUAUGGCACAACAGGUGAUAUCGCCCCAGGUAAAGACAGGUAAACGGAGCAAGAGUCGCCCAAGGAAGCACAUCAAGUAAAAUCACAGCGAAGACAUGGCAAUUUGGCUCUUGCUUUGGGUUAGUAGCUUGCAUCCAACCCUGUAGGCUUUAACUUGAUGUGCUAACCCAAGCUAAAACCUAGUUGCUGUGCCUUCAUUUCUAUUUGAACCUGAGUCAGCUAACAGAAGUUAACACUUGUUUUACUGCAGCGUCAACAUACCUUUAAUCUGCUAAAGUUUAGAAAGCUUUAGACGUUGCCUUGUUUGGAUGCAGAGCAGAACAUAAACAUGCCAGUCUCAAGGCUAAUGGCUACUUAUGCAAGACCAAGCAGUAACUGCCCACUUGUUCACUGCAGCAAUGGUACUGGUGAAAGCAUCUGAGCAAGGCAGAUGUCACCUCCAGUGAAUCUCCAGUCUACCUAAAUAGUUUGGACUAGAGCUGACUGAAAUAUAAACAUGAUGGAGAAAUUCUGAAGCUCUUUUCAUUUGGCAAGGUUCAGAACAGACCCCGUUUGUCUUAUUGAUGUUUAACUGUUGAUUUACUGAAAUUUCAAUUACUCCAAAACUUGAAAUUUUGGCAAUUUAAUUAAAAACGUUAAAAAAAAAAGUCAUCACAUUUUCAUGGAACUUCUUUUUAAAAAAGGCUAUUUUU